AGCUCACAAUGGCUUGCACCAGAGCACAAGUCCUUGGUUCCUACAGAAAACUGCUCCGUGCGGGCUUCAUCGCGUUUCAAGACAACUACCUGACAUUUGCAGACUACCGCAAUGCUGUCCGCUCAGAAUUCCAACUUCAAGCAGACGAAACAGAUCCAGAGAUUAUUGAGAAGUUGAUAAAAAGAGCUGAUCAGAUGGCUUUUGAGGUUAGGACCAGGAUUGUGCCUCUUGAAAAGGUGGAUGAUGAAAACUUUAGGGUAUCUUUCGAGGACAGACAUUUUGACGGUCAAAAAUGAGUUACAAUUUCGAGGGAGAAAUGUGAGAGAUGCUUUUUGUACGUAGGGAUUUUCAAGUUAUCCCCUGGUGAAUUUCCUUGAUCGGUGAAAUUUCUAAAACUGUUAAUUUGUUAUGAGCUAUGGAAUGUGGUUUAAUACAAUCAUAUUUAUAAACACUUCAGUUUUCUCGAAUGUUCGCUAGAAAGAUGCAGAACAUUCCAGAAAUUAAAUAAAUUUGGGGCUGGGACAGUGUUCAGUUUGUUUGAAUUAUGUGAACGUUUUUGUAAGUGACGAACAUUUUGUGUGACUCAGAUGAUUAAAGAUGGAAUUUUCUAGACUUUCCAUCUGAUAAUUUCACUAGUUCUUUGCACUUUGAUAUAUUACAGCUGUUUCAAUAAUUGAUACUGUUAUUUGUUGUUAUUCUGUCCCGAAGUUAGGGAAAAUUCAGAAUUCCUAACAUUCUAUAAAACCCCUGAAUCCCCAGGAUUAUGACCCCCUGAAUCCCCAGGAAAAUGACAGUAGAUCUAGAGGAGGUCCAACUAAAUCUCUCCCUCAAAUCCCAUGUUUCUCAGGAGACCUCUCCCCCAGCAGUUGAGGACACCUUUAUAGGACCAGCUAUUCCUGCACAUGUCGUAUCUAACAACGACUCCUCGCAAGUUAUUGUAGAUAACACCCCCUCGCAAGUUAUUGUAGAUAACACCUCCUCACAAGUUAUAGAUAACAGCUCAGUUAGGGUUAACCCCUAUAUAAUUAGGUCUUUGAGUUCAAUAUUAGCUCCUGAUGGAAACACUUCUUCACCUCAAGCAAACAGUGUAAGCAAUGAAUCGUCCUCUUUAAGAGAGAAGUCAGCGUCUCCUUUAAAACAACCGUUCAGUCAUGUAGAUGAAGUUCCUUCAAAAGGAGUACCUGCUCCUGCCACUUCUCCUUUAAAAGAAGUACCUGCUCCUGCCAUCGCUCCUUCAAAAGGAGCACCUGCUCCAGCUAAGAAACGUCGUAUCCGCGACGUAACCAAAACAAGGCGAUUUCAAAACAGUCUAUCAUUUCUCUUAGGCUCGAUAACUGAUGACAGCAAAGGCACACUGGCGACUAAUAAAAACAAUGAUGAAAACUCAGUAAAUAAUACCAAUGAAAUGGAUUGUUCCAACAGCUUAAGCGUCCUGAACACUACCUCUUUCAAAAAAAGGAUUUUACCUGAUGAUUUUACAGUACAUCAGAAGGAUAAAGCUCCAACUCCUGAAAAAACACUGCAACAAGUUAAAAAAGCCCCAACCCCUGAGUCUCUCCACACGACCAAACGGCCCUGCCCCCACAAAUUCACCCAACCCACUCUCACCAAAACAACCUCUAAACUCUUCUCCAGCACACCCAACAACUACCUGAAAGGCUGUAAAUGGUCACCCGAUGGUCUAGCUCUUCUCACGUGCUCACGAGAUAAAAUAGUUCGCAUAUUUAACAUACCCGACAUAACCACCACAGUGGAGCAACACCCUACAGCGCAGCAUUCCGCCGCUAAUGUUCCGUAUGAUGUGGAGUGGAACCCUGAGAUCGACCAUUUGUCUGCUGGUAACUGUAACUUUGCGGUGUCGUGUAAAGAUAGCCCUGUGCAGCUUGUUAACGCGUUUACUGGGGCUACUCUUGCUUCUUUUACUGCUUUUAAUAAUGUAGAAGUUCUGUUAUCAGCUUUCUCUGUGUGCUACCUAUCACGUGACAAACUACUCGGCGGAUAUUGUAAACACGUGAGAGUGUUUGACGCGACCCGCCCUGGACGGGACUGCACGGUGAUACCUGUGGGAGAUCUACAACAUCAGAACAAUAACAGUAUUGUGUCAACUGUUGCAGCUCAUCCAACUGUUGAUGGGCUGUUUGGAGCAGGAUGUUAUAACAGUACAGUUGGACUCUACUCCUCACAGAUAAAGGGGGUUCUGAUGCCGUUCUACGGGCCACAACACGGUGUUACACAGAUCCAGUUUAGUAAAGACGGUAACAGACUCUACUGUGGUAGUAGGAUGGAAGGAGAGAUAUACUGUUUUGAUACUCGUUACAACGGAUCAGUACUCCACACAUACCACCGUGAUGUGCAGACCAACCAACGGAUUCAGUUUGAUAUUAACAAAUCAGAGUCAAUGCUGGCAACAGGUAACCAUGAUGGUACUGUGCUUUUAUUCGACUUGUCGGGUGAACAAUCGGUGGUCAACCAAGAGGAUGAUGGUAUGUCUGAGUUGAGGUUUGAGGCACAUACUGAUACGGUUAAUGGUGUUUCUUUUCAUCCGUAUUGGGGACUACUGGCAACAGCAUCCGGUAGGAGACAUUUUCAUAUUGAGGAUUCUGAGACCGAGGAAAAUUCACUGAAAAUUUGGUCUUUUUGAGACUAAAAUCAAUUCAGAGUUCUGUAAAGUUACUUUUGCGGAGACAUUUGAUUCGUUUUAUGUUUUGAUUUUUAACAAUUGAGCUAA